UUUUCAAAUAUUUUUUAAAAUGGGUUGGACUAAUUAUUUGAUUCCAAUAAUAAGCAGUUCAAUUUUAAUGUUUGCCUGUUGGUUAAUUGGGCAUUUACAAUUAUCAAUGCUUUGGGUGUUUUUAUUUAUUGUUGUUUAUAUUUUAAAAACACGUUCAUGGAUUAAACAGGAACAAAAAAGACUUUGUCUUCGAAAUUAUAUACUUCAAGAGAGGGAAACUAUUAUUGCACAAUUUAGUCAAACUACCAAUGAUCUGCCAGCUUGGGUUCAGUUUCCGGAUAUUGAAAGGAUUGAAUGGGUCAACCGAAUACUUCAACAACUAUGGCCUUAUAUUGGAGAAUAUUCAAAUAUAUUUUUAAAAGAAUUUAUAGAACCUCAAAUACGUUUACAAAUGCCUUCGCCUUUCAAAUCGUUUAAAUUUGUGUCGAUUGAUAUGGGGGAUAUUCCCUUUAGAGUGUCUGGAUUAAAAGUUUAUACAAACAAUGUUGGAAGAGACAAGGUUAUAAUGGAUAUGGACCUUGUUUAUGCUGGGGAUGCCGAAUUUACAGUUCAAGCUUGUGGCUUUAGAGGAGGGUUGAAACAAAUUGUGUUAUCUGGCAAGCUUCGUUGCACUCUCCAACCUUUGCUUCCUCACCCUCCAAUGGUUGGAGGAAUUUCAGGCUCAUUUAUUGAAUUGCCAAAAUUCGAUUUUGUAUUGACCGGAAUAGGAGAAUUUGUCCAAUUGCCAGGAUUAAUAGACGCUAUACGCUCUAUAAUAAAUUUACAACUAGCCAAUUUGGCCGUUUUACCCAACAAAAUUGUUUUCCCGUUAGCACCUAAUGUUAAUGUUUCUCAACUUUAUUUUCCUGAACCUGAUGGAAUUGUUAGACUUAAAAUUAUACAAGCUAGAAAUUUGGAAAAUAAAGACAAAAGCUUUUUUAAUAAAAAGAACUUGAGCGAUCCUUACUGUGAAAUACAACUUGGCUCUCAACAUUUUCUUACAAAAGUAAUCAACGACAAUUUAAACCCAAUUUUUAAUGAAUGUUUCGAAGCCGUUGUCGAUCAAGCAUCUGGGCAGCGUUUGCGUAUUGAACUUUUUGAUAAGGACUUGGCUGGGGCUGAUGAGGAAUUGGGUAGACUAUCCCUUCCAUUAGAUAGUGUUCGUCAGGCUGGGGAAAUUGAAAAAUGGUACCAAUUGGAAGGCUGCAAAAAUGGAGAAUUAAACCUUAAAGUUUGCUGGCUCGAUUUAAGCACAAAUGCUGUUGACAAACAACGAGAUGAGUGGGAGAGUGAAUGGCUAGGGGCUGAUAAACCAAUGCACCCAGCUUUGCUAAUGAUUUUUUUGGAUUCUUAUCCAAAAUCUGGUCUAGAACCUUCUCCACUUAUAGAAUUUUCACUUGGUUUAAAAAAACAACAAAGUCCAGUUAAAACUAGAACAACUAAUCCUCUUUAUCAGGUAGAGAAGGCUCUCAUCUUUUAUUAUAUUAUUUCUUAUUUCUCUGACCGUCAAGUUUAUUUUCAAGUUUAUUUUCUGAUAUUUUUAAGUUCAAGCUUAAAUUUCAAGUUUAUUUUUAUUUCUAGGUUUAUUCAAGUUUAUCCUUAUAUUUCCAAGUUUAUUUUUAUUUUAUUUAAGUUCAUGCUUAUACUCUCAAGUUUAUUUUUUAUUUCAAGUUUUAUUUUCCUAUACUUUCUCUACCUUAUCUCUUAA